AUGACGACCACGACCACGACACCACCGCGCCGCAGAAGGGCGGCGGCGAGCCGGUACCCCUCCAGGAGGUGGCCCGCGAUGCCAGCGCAGAAGCAGGCCCCCCUCCGGCGCCUCCCGUCCGAGGCGUACUGGGAGCAGCAGACUACGUUCGGCCAGCGGACGAGGUGCACGCCCUGGGAGACGGGCGUCAGGCAGCGCAGCGCGUCCUUCGAGGAGGACCUCCCCGGGACGGCGGCGGCCGCGACGCCCGCGCCGGAAGAUGCCGAGGGCGGCUGCGAGGGCGCCGCCGAAACCGCCACGUGCUGGGCGGGCGCCAUCUCCCGGGUGCUGCGCCGCGCGGUGCGCGGGCGGGCGCCGAGGCCCCGAGCGCCUGCGGUCGCCCCCCCCGUCGCGUGGCCGCUCGUACAGCUUCGCCUGAAGCCGCCACGCAGGGGACCCCCAGGUGAGAUGAUCGCCGUGCCGUGA